CCUUCUUGAUUAGUCAGUCCCCUGUGCUGGGAUGGCGUUUACUGGGUCAACUGGAGCUAUCCGCGAAGGAGUCAGCGGGAGCGACAGCAGCCGCCUUUGCAACCCACGCCGCGGCUGGCGGAGCAGCAGCGGUCGGUGGCAAGUCACCUUGCCGUUGCGCCAAGUCCAGGAUGGCCCGGGAAGGCGACGGCGGCAGCACUAGAGGCUGAAGGAACCGCCCCCCCCCGCCCCCCCCAAAGACUUUGCCGCCGCCGCCGCCGCCGCUCGACUCUUCCGACCGAAAGAAGGGCGGGAAGAUGGAUGCAGCUCCUUCGCCGGGCUUCGGUCUGAAGGAUGUGAAAUGGAGCUCCGUGUCCAUCCCUUUGGACCUUCUGGUUAGCACUUACCGCUUGCCCCAGGUCGUCAGACUGGACGGCGGGGAACCUAUAGAAGGUCUUCGAGAGAGUGAUUACCUAUUGAUUCAUUCAUGCCGACAGUGGACAACUAUUACAGCUCAUAGUCUAGAGGAGGGCCAUUACGUCAUAGGGCCGAAGAUAGAAAUUCCAGUGCAUUAUGCCGGGCAGUUUAAGUUGCUGGAACAAGACCGUGAUAUUAAAGAGCCAGUGCAGUAUUUUAACAGUGUGGAGGAGGUGGCUAAAGCAUUUCCUGAACGAGUUUACGUCAUGGAGGAAAUAACAUUCAACGUUAAGGUGGCUUCAGGCGAAUGCAAUGAAGACACCGAAGUUUAUAAUAUUACCCUUUGCACAGGAGAUGAGCUCACAUUAAUGGGACAAGCAGAAAUCCUAUAUGCAAAAUCUUCAAAGGAAAAGUCACGGCUCAACACCAUCUUCAAGAAAAUUGGAAAACUCAAUUCCAUUAGCAAAUUGGGCAAAGGCAAAAUGCCUUGCUUGAUUUGCAUGAACCAUCGGACCAAUGAGAGUAUUAGUCUGCCUUUCCAGUGUAAAGGGAGAUUUAGCACACGUAGUCCCUUAGAGCUGCAAAUGCAAGAAGGCGAGCAUACCAUUCGAAACAUUGUGGAAAAGACACGGCUCCCAGUGAAUGUGAAUGUGCCAAGCCCUCCCCCACGGAAUCCUUAUGACUUGCAUUUUGUCCGUGAGGGACACCGUUACAAGUUUGUUAAUAUUCAAACCAAGACUGUUGUGGUUUGCUGCGCACUAUAUAAUAAUAAAAUUGUUCCAAUGCACUUUCCUUUGCAUUUAGCUCUUCCAAAGUUUACCCUUCCAGAAAAUCUUGUGAAAGGAGAAGCGUGGCAUGAAGCUUUUGUGAAGCACUGGUUCAGCCUCUGCCAAGAGCAGUUCGAUAUUGAUGAAUAUUCUCGUGCCGUGAGAGAUGUAAAAGCUGACUGGAAUGAAGACUGCAAAAGCCCACAAAAAAGUCGACCCACCAGCCACAACCAUGUGCCAAACUCUCUCAGUUAUGCUCGGGAUGAGUUGACCCAGUCUUUCCACCGUCUCUCUGUGUGUGUCUAUGGAAACAACCUCCAUGGAAAUAGUGAGGUGAAUCUUCAUGAUUGCAGAGACUUGUGUAAUGAGUGGGCUUUAUCUUCUCAUGAUGCUUUGCAAGAUUCUAGGGAUGGGAGCUGUAACUACCUUUUUCCUGAAAUUAGUGAAGAAACAGUCUGUUUACCUCCUAAACUGGAACUUCCAUAUGAAGAAUUAUGGUUGGACAAAGAGGGUGGGAAAGUGAAUGAUCAGCCUCUUACUCGCUCACAGAGCGAAAAGAACAACUACAGGAGUUCUUUCCGGUCCACGGGUGGUACAGCUUCGCUGCCAGCACCUGGCUCUUCAGUAGCAACAGCAAAAUCCUCAGAAGUUUCCCUACCUCCACCACCUGUGCCUCCUAAAUCAGAAGCGGUCAGAGAGGAAUGUAGACUCCUGAAUGCUCCUCCUGUCCCGCCACGCAACUCAAAGCCAACAUCUACUAGCCCUUCUAUUCCUCCACGGACGAGCAAACCUGUGCGGCAGCAAACUCGUUCUCCUAGUCCAACACUUUCAUAUUAUUCAUCAGGACUGCACAAUAUCAGUGCCACAGAAGAAGUUGCUGAAAACUCUUCCGAGAUUAUUCCCGUUACUUGUUAUCCAUGUGGUAUGGUAAAAAGUGACCUGCAAGAGCUUGACAACAAAUUGCCUUUGGGAAGCCCUUCUGCUGAUGCUUUGUUCUCUAGACUCUCAUGGCCAAAUCAUUUUUCUGGAGCUGCUGAAGGCCUUUCUAGGAAUGAGUUUCUGUUGGAUCCGAGCAGAAGUUAUAGCUAUCCAAGGCAGAAGACUCCCAACACACCAAAGAGAAGCUGUCCAGCACCUUUUACAUUCGAUUUUGACAGAAAUGAAGUCUCUGCAGGAGAUGAACCACCAGCUACAACUGAGGUAGAAUGCACCAUGCCCGGUUGCCCAAAGUCAGCAAGUUACUCACUUGAAUAUAUUGAUGAGAAAAGUUUGGCAGUAAGUGACACGUUGCAGUCAAUUUCUUGCCCUGCCUUACCCCCUCGUGCACCAAAGAUGGUGGAGGAGAAGCCAGGGCUUGACUUGUGUCUUGGGUCUCUCAGAAUAGAUGGUGCUGAGGAAGAUCCUCACAGGAGCUCUCCAGACCUUUCUGAAGACCAAUGUCUGGGUAAAAAAAGCACGCAAGACCUCUUCUCGGUUUCUUAUUCUUUCUCAUCACCUCUUCAUCUUCAGCUAGCACCAAGAUCUUGUGGUGACGGUUCACCAUGGCAGCCACCUGUAGAUCUGUCUGGACUUUCCAUUGAGGAAGUAUCUAAGUCUCUACGAUUUAUAGGCUUGUCAGAGGAUGUCAUAACACUUUUUGUAACUGAAAAAAUUGAUGGCAACUUGCUUGUCCAGCUCAAUGAAGAGAUCCUUUCUGAGGAUUUUAAACUGAGCAAACUACAAGUUAAAAAAAUAUUGCAAUUUAUUAAUGGCUGGAGACCUAAAAUGUAGUGCUGACCAGUUCAAUAAAAUGUAGAGUAUGCUACAAACCCUGAAACUAACUCACAAUCUACCAUUUUUAAUUUUUUAUUGCACUAAGUCCUUCCU